GGAAUCUGGAAGCGAUGAUGCGGACGGUCGGGGCCGUGGGAGUCGGUGUGCUGUGGGCGCUGCUAACCGCCGUGGUGCCCUUUGGCGUGUCGGAGCUGUCGACCCUGGUGCAGGAGCCGUUUAAGCCCGAGUCUUCCAUGCUUAAACCGAAGGUUAUGAUCGCCAUUGUGGCUCGUAACGCAGCGCACAGCCUGCCACAUUACCUGGGCUGCAUCGAGAGGCUGGAGUACCCCAAGGAGCGCAUAGCGAUCUGAAGCUCGGGGGAAACAUAGAGAGGGAGAUGACGUGAGACGAGGGUGUCCAGCUGGGCUCACGCCAAAAACGUUGCGGUAACAUAAUACUCCAUCUUUACCCGGCAGCAACAGAUCAUAAUGUGGACAACACCACUGCCAUGUUGAGAGAAUGGCUGAAGAGAGCCCAGGGUGUUUACCACUACGUGGAGUGGAGACCCAUGGAGGAGCCGCGGUCCUACACGGAUGAGUGGGGUCCGAAGCACUGGCCUCCGUCCAGGUUCAACCAUGUGAUGAAGCUGAGGCAGGCGGCGCUGAAGGCUGCCAGGGAACGAUGGGCGGACUACAUACUGUUUGUAGACAGUGACAACCUGUUGACCAACCCCCGUGUGCUAAACCUGCUGAUGGCUGAAAACUUGACCGUGGUUGCUCCCAUGUUAGAGUCUCGCUCUCUCUACUCCAACUUCUGGUGUGGCAUCACCCCACAGGGUUACUACAAGCGAACCCCAGACUACCAGCCGAUCAGGGAGUGGAAGCGGCUCGGCUGUUUUGCUGUUCCCAUGGUGCACAGCACCUUCUUAUUGGACCUGCGUCGUGAAUCCAGCAGGGACCUGGCCUUCUACCCUCCUCACCCUGACUACAGCUGGGCUUUCGAUGACAUCAUGGUGUUUGCUUUCUCGGCACGUCAAGCAGGGGUGCAGAUGUAUGUGUGUAACAGAGAACACUACGGUCUCCUGCCGGUCCCUCUCAAAGCACAGCAGAGUGUGGAAGAUGAAAGCGAGAGUUUUAUACACACAAUCACGGAGGCUUUGAUUGACCACGACAUUGAGCCCUCUGAGCACCUGUACUCUUCUCCAUCACCACAGGACACCAUGGGCUUUGAUAAAAUUUUCCUGAUCAACCUGAAGCGUCGGCUGGACAGAAGAACCAGGAUGUUGAAAACAAUGUCUUCACUGGGCCUGCAUGCCACGCUGACAGACGCAGUGGAUGGCAAGGCUCUCAAUUCGUCCCAGCUGCAAGCGCUGGGAAUAGAGAUGAUGCCGGGCUACAAGGACCCGUACUCUGGUCGAGUCCUGACCAGAGGGGAGAUCGGUUGCUUCCUCAGCCAUCACUCCAUAUGGACACAGGUGGUGGAGCAUGGCCUCCAGAAGGUUCUUGUUUUAGAGGAUGACGUGAGGUUUGAGCCCAGGUUUAAAAGGCGAAUCCAGGCCAUAAUGGAUGACACAGAGAAAACCCAGCUGGACUGGGACCUCAUCUAUGUGGGGCGUAAGCGUAUGCAGGUGCAGCAGCCAGAGCAGUCUGUGGACGGUGUGAACAACCUGGUCAAGGCCGACUACUCCUACUGGACACUCGGCUAUGCGCUGUCCCAGCAAGGCGCCAGGAAGUUACUGGCUGCCGACCCCUUCAAAAGGAUGCUGCCCGUUGACGAAUAUCUGCCCAUUAUGUUCAACAAACACCCAAACACGGAGUUCAUGUCUCAUUUUGAGCCACGGGACCUGAAGGCCUUCUCAGUGGAGCCGCUGCUUAUCUAUCCCACCCACUAUACCGGAGAGCCGGGCUACAUCAGCGACACGGAGACCUCCACCAUCUGGGACGAUGAGGCCGUGGCCACAGACUGGGACCGGCAGCGCGCCCGCAAGACAGCCCAACAGGACAGCAUUCGCCCCGUGGCGCAGAACAGCGUCACUGGAGAUUCGCCGCCUCCUGCAGCUCGAGCCUCACGGGACGAACUCUGAUCCAGAGACCUGAGACUCUGAGAGAAAGACUUGUGUUUACUAUAACAUGUACACACAGAGAAUGUCAUGUGUGCACACACUUGAAAAGACACUUGAACUAAAAGCUUACAUACUGUACAUUCACUCACAGGCACACACACAAACACACACACACACACACACACACACACACACACACACACACACUGGUGUCCAAGUGGAUGAAGGCAGAGUUAGGAUGUCAUUCUACUCUGCUGCCUGAUGAAGAGGGACACCCCGAAGGAGAGGAGGAAGAAGAGAAUCUAGGACGAGGGCCUAGGCCUUUGACAAAAGCUUUAUUUAUUCCCAAUGUGCCUCCUCUGGGCAUCUGGAGCCAGUUAUUUCCCGAGAAAACCUAAGCAACACAUGGAAGACAGCUAACAUCAUUUGCAGGACGUGAAAGAAAAAAAAGAUUCACACAAAUCAAUUUUUUUUUUUUUUUUUUAAGAUUGUUAUUUAAAAAGAACAGAUGUGUGUUUUUUUUUAAAUGGGCAGCCAAAGAAUAAAUCCUAAAGUUGUCUGAAAACAACUCUAAAGUGUGCAUGUGAAACUGAAUGCUUACAGAACUGAUCAUGUGUGGGAAGAGGGAGGCUGACAUACUGUACCCAAGAGUGUCACUGCCUUAGAUGAUGUCACUGACUCACACACACACACACACACACACACACACACACACACACACACACACACACACACACACACACACACACACACACACAAACAGAGUACAGCCCUUCUUUGUCAAGCAGCAAGGCAGUGAUGGAUGUUAUUAGGCUCAGUGUUUGUCAUUACAGACAUCUCACUUGCACAGCGGGCUGGUCCGGCUGCUAGUUAGCAUUUCAGACAUCAGUCCUAAACCUGCAGGAUGUAAACUAGUAUAAAUUCAGACCCCUGCUUUGAAUAUAUUUUGGAUAAACUGGAUUAUUGAAUUAUUCAUGUCCUCAACACAGGCUGUUCUUCUUUCAGUUGUGGUGCGGGGCUGAACCAAAUAAAACAACUUCCCUGUU